AUGGAUGAUGUAAUAGAUCAUGGGCUUCGUCUAGCUUUGGCUCUUUACGGGGCACCCAAAGAUGUGCGCACGAGCGAUAAACCUGCGAUUGAGUUCGUCCAAAGCUAUCGAGCAAAAAUGUAUGCUGAAGCCACCAAUUCUAAAAAAGUCGAUUUUGCACGCAUAAUCCCGACUGUCAAUGCGUUAACCGAGCAUAUCAAGUGUCAAGACGAGACCUUAGAUCCGUUGGGAUGGGGGUGGGAAUUGGUGGAUGGAGAGCUCACUCCUGUCACCAUGACCCAGGAAGCCGGUCCCGAGGAAAUUUUAAGCAACAUUUCUUGUUCUUGUGAAACCGACUGUGGCACGAGGUGCGGGUACCGCCGAAGUGGGUUGGAGUGCUCACUUGCAUGCAAGCAUUGCGAUGGUAAUUGCUCAAACCAAGAAGGUACUUCCAACGGGACCGAGAAUAGUGAAGAGGAAGAAGAUGAAGAAGGGGAAGAAGAAGAAGAGUUUGAACAAGAUUUUUAG